AUGAAKAAUUUUUUCUUGCUGGUGUUUGGAAAUCUCGUCUGGAUUUCCUUGGCGGCUCAUCACAAAAAACCUUUUGCCCCAGGAGCAGGAGCAGGAGCAGGAGCAGGAGCAGGGGCCACAGGAGGACAAGCAACAGGGGCAGCAGCGGGGACAGGAGCAGGAACAGCUGUUGGGGCAGGAGCAGCAGCAGCUGGCGGAGCAUCUGCAGCAGCAUCACUUUCUCAAAAUGCUUCAACCGUCUCAAACAAUGGAUUCACCAGCACUGGAGAYCCAGAUUUAAAUUCACCACAAACAAGCCACUUUGCAGGCAGCAAAACUCAAGCUGAAACAACCCUGGUAUCUAUAUUACCAAAUGUGGAUCCCAACACUAAGAUCUUGACGAAUGGAUCUUUGAACCCUAAAUUAGUCCUUGGAGGGCCUUUCCAACAUCUUACUAAAUACGUGUAUGAACCCAAAAAUGGUGAAGACCCUGGUGCCAUGGCCAGAAAAGCUGUCAGUGAACUCGGAUUUGCCAGUAAAUUGGUCCUUGGUGCUUACUAUGCUAUUCAUUCCAUGGAUAUCCCUGACACUCAGACAAAUGGCACAUUAAACACGUGUUUCCGUUCUGUGGAGAACCAUAUUCGAUUAAAAUCUGGGUGCCACUUCUUCAAGAUUGUUUAUGGAUUUAAUAUACGUGAACUAGAUGUUGGAAAGUUUCGUUUGGCAUUUGAGUCUGCCUGCUUGCCUGGUUAUUAUUUGACGCAAAAAAACUACAAGCUAGUGCUAGCUCCAAUAGAAAAAAGCACGAAAUUUGCUAAGGCAGCCACCUUCCAUAUUUUAACCACAGCAAUGUACCCUUCGUCGAUGCAGAUAAUGUCGACAGCACAUUGGUACUGGUUUGUUUGCCAGAGCGAUGAGAAUACUAAACAUGACCAGGAUAUUGAGUUGAAGUACACCAAGACAACUGAAAAGUUCAUCAGUGAAUGUUCGUUUUAUUUCUCUCCCCUGCCUCAAAAUGGAAAUCCUAAGACGUUCUGCAAAAAUGUUAUUGCAUUACAAAAACCGUCCAUACCUGGCCAGAAUUUUCCAGACGAAGAAACGAAAAUUCCGCCAACUUUGAAGUUUGGUCAGCCUCAAGAAACAUGUGUAGCUAUCAAUUUCAUCAACAAGGCACCAAUACCUUUCUACAUCGAAUCGGAUAUUAAACACGAGCCAUACCUCGUCGAUGGCGGAGAUUUUAAACUCAGAACAACAAUCAAGAAUCCAAACUUACACCGACAUGUGAUGUUCAAGGGCAGAGAUCCCAGCGGCAAGAACAGUAUUCUGUUAUCAGGAGCAAGUAGCAUCAUAGUAGAACCCAAAACAAGCUGUAAAGAUGAGGAGUUCCAUGACGUAACCGUGACGUCAAGACCAGAACCACUGCCUCAAAAGCCGACGGAAAGUCUUAAAGGAAACGAAACUCAAGGGCCUCCAGUACACCACCAUUAUCACUACUACAAUCCUCCUCCUCCUCCUCCUCCUCCUCCUCCUCCNCUCAGUUUGGUAAUUAACUGGUGA